CACUUGCGUGUCGUAACCCGAAGUUGUUUUUCAUGGGAAGGCGAUAAGGAUGAAACGAGAGGGAAAAAAAUACUCCCUCUUCACCCCUCCUCCUCCCUUCUUGCCUGUCCUGUGUCUGAAUCUCAGCGAAAAAAAAAUGUAAUGAUGUAGUUUUUAUCGCCACAGGGGAUAUAUAUCACUGCGACCCUUUGUAUUAUUCGGCAAUUACGGCGAGUCCGGGGGUUGGGGUAAAAAAUGGUGACGUGUGGCAAAAAAUAUUGACCUUGUGUCGAUAAGGGUUUGAAAUUUGAAAAAAUAAGUAUUGAAUUAAUCAGUGGAAGAAUUAAUUGGAUCUGACAAAAUUACAGAAAUUUUUCAUUCAUUGAAUGAAAAAAACAAAUGACGGAAUAAACUGAAUUUUGCGGAUAAAAAAAUUGAACUACUGCCCCAUGAAUUAAUUAAAUCAAUAAAUUCUCUGUGAAAAUUUCACCCACUCAAUAAUCCCCCAAAAUUGCUGGAAAAAUAAAGUGAGAAUGGCGAAGAGUAGCAGGAAAAAGGGGAAGAGUGUCAGGUCGACGAAGAAAAAUGAUAAGAUUAAACCGAUAAAAUUGGCGGCUCUCGUAGCUUCAGCAAUUCAAGACCUUCGCGAAACAAAGGGCACAACCCCUAAUAAAAUAACUGGAUUCAUAAGCUACGCCUCCAAUUUACCCGAGACUCGAGUGAAGCGUCAGGUUAAAACAGCGUUGAAACGGGGUGUGGAAUAUGGAAUAUUGCGACGUUACCGUGGCCAGUAUUUUCUGCCAACUGGAGAUGAGAUGGACCGUGCUAACCGAAUGGCACUGCGAUUCGCGAGGUUACCAACCUCGACGCCCUCGUCAGCGGGGUCAAACAAUUCAAAAAAAAUUGAAAAAUCCCGGAGGGAGUCGCGAACAUUUCCUGUAACUCCUGUUGCCAGUCUAUCCCGUGUAAGUCGAGGUCUUGACGGGUUGUGGUCUUCAGAGAGCGAUAUGGAGUGAUUUUGUGCCAAUAGAUAUUAUUAAAAUUCUAUUUUUUAACAUUAUCUAACUUUCAUUCAUUCAUGUAAAUCAUGAAAAUUAUCCGGGGGAUCUCUGGAGUUUAUCAGUCCCUUUUUUCGGACUUUUCCAAGUUUUCUUUUUGUCGUGAGUGAUAUCCUCGGUGCAUACGUGCCCUCUGAACUCCAAGACGAAUGAAUUUUUCGGUAGAUUUUCUUCCCGUGUCGAGCGCCAGUUUUUCGGUGGAAAACGAUUUAUAGGGUUUUUAUUGUUAUUUUUCUUGUUCAUGAUAUUGCAGUCUUCCACGUGCUCACUGGGGAUCGCUUGAGAAUGUCAUGCACUUCUGAAAGCCACCCGGGAGACGUUUGGGAAUUCCUGGCACUCCGUUUAACCCCACACCUAUUAUUGUAUAUGAAAGCUCCACUCAUACUGAUAGUCUUCGUGAUAGAACACUCGCGUUGCGAAUAAUAAGAGAUUGAGUAGCAGAAUUUUGAGGGUUUAAUCUCCUUAAAGCACUCGCUCUCAAUGCACCGCGAUUAUUUUUAUUGUACAUUAAAAUAAAAACGGAUUAAAAAUUUUCUCGGGUUAUUUUUUAUAAAAUCAAGUGGUAUAUUCUCACGAUUAUGUAUAUAAUAUUUAAAUAUAUUCAACACUACGUUUUUCUACUACUUCGUAAAAUUAAUUACAUAAUGUAAGUGUAUUUUACACCUCUCGUAAUUGGCAAACGCCCCCUAAUGACUAUCAAAGUACAAUUAGAUUUUCUCGGACCUUAAACAUACAACACAAAACCUGAAAUCGAGAUUGUUGCGACAAGUCGAUCAUUUCCCGAUAAGGAGUGUCGUAAACACGGACUAUCAUUGGACUCGUUUGAUACACUGUUACCACACUAACCACCCAAUUUAAGGGAGAUUGUAGCUUACUCGAAGGGCAUCGUUAACGAUAAUUCAAGGGGCUGAUAUCAGCAAUUACAUACUGAUAAAACAAUUCACUUAUCCAAUGAAUUCAGCUAAAUUUUUUUGGCAGUAGAAUUUUUUUCAGAAUAAUCUCUUCAUUCAUUUGAAAUUUCCUGGUUCAAUUUACCCAUUCAUACCAAUAGAAUUCCGUCAUUUUUACGGAAUAUUUCUCUUUGUGUAUGAGUGCAGUUGUGAUUACAUCAGUGAGAGAUAAGAAGACAAAGGAAAAUCCAUUUAUGGAAUCAGGUUUUUGAUGUUACGGGCGUUUCCCUUUCACUCUCAUCUUCCGGUAAUUUUUUCCUCUCAGUUUUUACUGUUGAAAUAGCCUCGACUGGUUGCUCACCAUUCGCCUAUCGAUAAUAGAAGCCGUGUCAACUGAAUAUCGAACAUCAAGCUCAGCUUGGAUGCAUGCAUUGAUGAACGCUCGUUAUUCAUUCUGUCUAUCGACGAUUCGGCAUGCGAAACCGUCGGCAUCAUUGGGAGCGGGGGGGUGAAGGAGGUAGUUGCGGGGGGCAGGGGGGGGGCUGUAUGCCAGGCCUAUGUUUUCAGUGCUAUAUAUGGUGUGUACAAUACGGGAUGUACGUCCCUCGAGGCCAAAUGCAAGCCUUCGACCCUCGGGGCUCUUUUCAAAUGGAAAAUUAGACCAUUGGAUCGGCGAAAAAGCCCGAGGACACGAACCGAGUGCAUUCAUCAGUGUUCAAUUAUUUUUUCAUGGCUAAUUGAGAGAUGAAACGCGGUUUUGGUUUUUUGU